GGGGCGUCGAGGGGAGGCAGGGCCCCGGGCUUCUCUCUCUAUAUAUAUAUAUGCCUCCCUCUCUCUGCCUUGGCCAGCAGCAAGGAGGGAAGGAGGAGGCAGGUGCUGAGGAUGGGAGGCGGCAAGAGAGUCUGCAUCGUGGGCUCCGGCAACUGGGGCUCAGCUAUUGCCAAGAUUGUGGGUAGCAAUGCAGCCAAACUGGACAGGUUUGACACUACUGUAAACAUGUGGGUGUUUGAAGAGGAGGUUGGCGGAAAGAAACUCACUGAGAUCAUCAACACGCAGCAUGAAAAUGUCAAGUAUUUGCCGGGCCACAAGUUGCCACCCAACGUGGUGGCAGUGCCAGAUAUUUUGAAGGCCUCAGAGGGUGCUGACAUCCUUUUGUUUGUAGUGCCACACCAGUUCAUCGGAAAACUCUGUGACCAGCUGAAAGGCCACAUCAAGAAGGAUGCAAUCGGGGUCUCCCUCAUCAAGGGGGUGGACGAAGGCCCUGAUGGGCUGAAGCUGAUAUCAGACAUCAUCCGGGAGCAGCUAGGCAUCGAAAUGAGCGUGCUAAUGGGGGCCAACAUUGCCAACGAGGUGGCAGAGGAAAAGUUCUGUGAAACCACCAUUGGCUGCAAGAACCUAGAAUAUGGACAGAUUUUGAAGGAGCUGAUGCAGACUCCCAAUUUCCGAAUCACAGUGGUGCAAGAGGCAGACACCGUGGAGAUCUGUGGUGCCCUCAAGAACGUUGUGGCUGUUGGGGCUGGCUUUUGUGAUGGGUUGGGCUUUGGAGAUAACACCAAGGCUGCUGUCAUCCGUCUGGGUCUGAUGGAGAUGAUUGCCUUUGCCAAACUCUUCUGCAAGGGCAGUGUCACUUCUGCCACCUUCCUGGAGAGCUGUGGGGUUGCAGAUCUUAUCACCACCUGCUAUGGGGGCCGUAAUCGCAAAGUGGCUGAAGCGUUUGCUAAGACUGGCAAGUCUAUCGAGCAACUGGAGAAGGAGAUGCUCAAUGGGCAGAAGCUGCAGGGCCCUCAGACUUCAGCAGAACUGAACCACAUCCUCAAGCACAAGAAUCUGGUAGACAAGUUCCCACUCUUCACUGCUGUCUACGAGAUCUGUUACAAUGGCAAACCUGUCACCGAGUUUAUCACAUGCCUGCAGAACCAUCCAGAACACAUUUGAUUGGUGUUGAGUCUUGUUCCAGUGAGCAAGCGGGUAGGAAGAUAUCUCUAUUUGCUAUCACAUCAACAUGAGGAGAGGGACCUAAUAUGGAGUUCUGGACAACCAGGAGAGGCUACAAGCAUAGGAUCCACCGUGGUCACCAAAUGUGGAAUUGCUGGAUCAUUGACCAGGGAUCCCUGCCAUUUACCAGUCCUGCCUUUGAUGUCCACCAAAUUGCCUCAGCUCAUCCAUUCUCCAUCUUGGUUCUUGCUAAUUUGGACUAUCACCUUUCCUGGUCCCUGCAGCAAGCAAAGUUUUUGCUUUGAUUUUUUUCUUCUAUGUGCAAAGAAAUAAUUCCUCCAUCCUAGCUCUUUUCUGCUCCAUUCCUCUGCCUUAAUUUCAACUUCUCCAGCUGUGGAUUCAGGUUUGAUCCUGUUGGGUUUGCCUGCCUUAAAGGUUUAUUAAAUUCCAUAUCUGUCAGUGGGAAGGAGGAGCAAAUACUGUCCCCACCCUUACUGGCCAGGCAUGGAGCUUAGGAAGCUUCCAGCAUUAUUAAGAAUAGCACUUUGUAAUGGUAAUUUUCAAAGAAGUAGCCAUGUCAGUCUCUUGCAGCAUAAAAAGGAGGAGAGGACAGGAGAAAGGGGGGAAAAGUAAAUGUGGCAGCACCUUUAAGCCUAACUGGUUUUUAUUUUCACAUGAGCUUUCGUGGAUACAAAUCUACAUCUUCAGAUGCAGUACUGAAUCCUCUUUUCUUCUCCUUCCUUUAUCCUUUUUAAACUUACUAAUGGGUUUCCUAUCUCUCUCUUUAUAAAUAAAGAGGCUUGACCUAAUCAUCCCUGGUAUCUAUGUAAUUGGUAACUGUAGCCAUUAAUGUGAAUAUUGUAUUUUGGAAGAAUAAAUACUUAAGUGAAAAA